ACGAGCUGCUGCGUACGUGUGCGCGCGCAGUGGUGGUGGGCGGCGUCACUCAGGAAAAUGGCAAGUACAGGACUGCUUCUGGCUCGCGGCUGCUGCCGAACAGUGAAGACUAUUACAGGUCAUGGACAGAGACGUCUUUCUGUGUCAUCAGCUGUGUUGGCACGCACUCAUGUCAGUUAUGAGGUCAAAGAUACGGUCGCUGUCGUGCGAAUCAAUGAUCCUAACUCAAAGGUGAAUACUCUGUCAAAGCAGAUGCAGGCGGAGAUGACAGAGGUGAUGAGAGAGAUUUGGGGGAAUUCAGCAGUAAAGAGCGCCGUUCUCAUCUCAAGAAAACCAGGAAGCUUCAUCGCAGGAGCUGACAUCAAUAUGAUCCAGGCCUGCCGGACAGCAGAGGAAGUGACAUCACUGUCACAGGAAGGUCAGAAGAUGUUUAAACAGAUUGAGAAAUCUCCCAUCCCUAUUGUGGCUGCUAUUAAUGGCUCUUGUCUGGGUGGCGGUCUGGAGUUUGCUAUUUCUUGUCAGUACCGUGUGGCCACUAAGAGUAAAAAGACGAUUCUGGGCACCCCAGAGGUGAUGUUAGGGCUGCUGCCCGGGGCCGGAGGGACUCAGAGACUGCCCAAAAUGGUGGGCCUGCCUGCUGCAUUUGAUAUGAUGUUGACCGGAAGAAAUAUUCGUGCAGAUAAAGCCAAAAAAAUGGGUCUUGUGCAUCAGCUAGUGGAUCCUUUAGGUCCAGGUCUGAAGAGUCCAGAAGAGAGGACUAUUGAGUAUCUAGAAGAAGUGGCUGUGGAUUUGGCUAAAGGUCUCGCUGCUAAAAAAGUCACUGUGGAGAAGAAGAAAGGGUUAAUGCAGAGGGUGCAGGAUUUUGUGAUGGGUCUGCCACCAGUAAGAAAACAGAUCUACAAAACUGUCCACAGCAAAGUUAUGAAACAAAGCAAAGGGCUUUACCCUGCUCCACUGAAGAUCAUAGAGUGCGUGCAGACGGGCAUUGAAAGCGGUCAAGAUGCUGGAUAUAAGGCUGAAUCUGAGAACUUUGGUAAGUUAGCGAUGACAUCAGAGUCCAGAGCUCUGAUUGGUCUGUAUCACGGUCAGGUGGCCUGCAAAAAGAACCACUUCGGGCAGCCGGAGAGAGACGUGAAGAAGCUAGCUGUGCUAGGGGCGGGGCUUAUGGGAGCAGGUAUCGCCCAGGUAACAAUAGACAAAGGUGUGGCCACCAUCCUGAAGGACACGACACAAGAAGGACUCACCAGAGGUCAACAACAGGUGUACAAGGGGCUUAAUGACAAAACAAAGAAGAAAAGUCUGACGACAUUUGAGAGAGACUCAAUCCUGUCUAUGUUAUCAGGACAGCUGGACUAUAAUGGCUUUGACACCGCAGACAUGGUCAUUGAGGCUGUGUUUGAAGACCUGUCAAUCAAACAUAAAGUGCUGAAGGAGGUCGAAGCUGUCAUUCCUCCACACUGUAUAUUUGCCACCAAUACAUCAGCUCUACCCAUUAAAGACAUUGCAGCCGCCAGCAAACGACCUGAGAAGGUGAUUGGGAUGCAUUAUUUCUCUCCGGUGGAUAAAAUGCAAUUAUUGGAAAUCAUCACCACAGAUAAAACAUCCCGAGACACAACAGCAUCAGCUGUAUCUGUGGGACUCAAACAGGGGAAGGUCAUCAUAGUGGUGGGGGACGGUCCGGGGUUUUACACCACACGUUGCCUGGCUCCCAUGUUAGCAGAGAUUGUCAGAGCAUUGCAGGAAGGAGUCGGGCCUAAGAAACUGGAUGCUCUGACGACAGGAUUCGGGUUUCCUGUCGGCAUGGCGACUCUUGCUGACGAGGUUGGUAUUGAUGUGGCGGCUCAUGUUGCAGAGGAUCUCGGGAAGGCAUUUGGCACACGAUUCGGAGGAGGAAACAUUGAGGUUUUGAAGAUGAUGGUCCAGAAAGGCUUUAAAGGACGAAAGUCAGGAAAAGGUUGUUAUGUAUACGGAGUCAAGUCCAAGGAAAAGAAAGUGAACUCAGGAGCUGAAGAAAUUCUCAAGAGUUUUAAACUAACAGCGCCCCCUGCUGUAUCUGCUGAUGAAGAUGUUCAGUAUCGGCUUGUGUCUCGAUUCGUGAAUGAGGCCGUACUGUGUCUGCAAGAAGGGAUCCUGCCUGACCCCGUACAGGGAGAUAUCGGUGCAGUAUUUGGACUCGGCUUCCCACCUUGUUUGGGAGGCCCGUUCCGUUUCGUGGAUUCGUUUGGAGCCGACAAACUGGUCCAGAAAAUGAAGCGAUUUGAGGAGGUUUAUGGUAACCAGUUUACUCCCUGCCAGCUGCUCCUGGACCACGCCAAAGACUCCAGCAAAAGAUUUCACAAAUAAAAUGUCAUCAUCUGACCUUAAGAUGUGGGGUAAAAACUGUCAGACAGAAAGCGGAGCACUAUUUACAAACCAUUUAGUUAUUAAAAUGUUAAUGGGACAAACGUUUUUGACAUUUUCCUAACUUUUAGCAUUGGCCUGUACAUAAUUUGCCAGUAUGUUAUAAAUCCUUUACAUUAGGGAUCUGGCUCCAGUACAUUGGUAACAUAUCUUGGCAUGAUUCAGAUAUGCUGCCCUGUAGAAACAUAAAGUUGAAGGUGCAUUAAACAGUUUUUUAUUUGUUA